AUGUUCACAUCUCUAUCCCUUCUUGCUGCGUUGGGCUCUCUCAGCCAUGCUGCUGCUCUGCCUACCAUCCCACAACUCGAGGUUCGCGCGUCAGCACCGAGUUUCAAUGCCAGUCUAGGCAAUGUUACCAUCUUCGCCACUGGUGGUACUAUUGCUGGCUCCGCUGGUUCGGGAGUCCAAACAACCGGCUACACUGCCGGAGCUGUUGCCAUCCAAACUCUGAUCGAUGCUGUGCCUGAGUUGGUCAACGUCUCAAAUAUCAACGGCGUACAAGUCAGCAAUGUCGACUCUGGCAAUAUCAACGCCACUAUCCUUUUGGAACUCAACCGCCAAAUCACAGCCGAACUCUCCAAGAACACCUCGACCGGUGCUCUAGUGACUCAUGGUACCGAUACCCUUGAGGAGACUGCCUUCUUCUUGGACCUCACUGUUGAAUCUAAGAAGCCCGUCGUGGUCGUCGGUGCUAUGCGUCCUUCCACCGUCCUCUCUGCCGAUGGUCCUCUCAACCUGUACCAGGCUGUUACACUGGCCGUCACCCCCGAAGCCGAGGGUCGCGGUACCAUGGUGACACUUAACGAUCGUAUCGACAGCGCCUUCUACGUGGUCAAGAACAACGCAAACUCAUUGGAGACAUUCAAGGCAAUGGAACAAGGCCACCUCGGAUUCUUCCUGAACUCGGUUCCUCAGUUCUACUACUCUGCUGCAACACCCCCUGGCAAACCCUUCUUCGACCUUGCACCCUUGAACCUCACAUCUCUGCCUCACGUCGAUAUCCUCUACGGCCACCAAGACAGCAACCCAGAACUCAUCCGUGCUUCCGUCGAUUCAGGUGCCGAAGCCAUCGUGUUCGCUGGCACCGGUGCCGGCGGCUGGACCACAGCAGGCAGGAAGGUUGCUCAAGCCGUCUACAACGAGACUGGCAUUCCUAUGGUCUUCUCUACCAGAACCAUGAACGGCUUCGUCUCUCCCGAAGACGAUGAGUGGUCCAUCGCUAGCGGUGACCUCGACCCUCAGAAGGCUAGAAUCUUGCUGCAGUGCGCUCUUGCUGUUGGCUACAACACAACCCAGAUUGCCGACAUCUUUGAUGCACUCCAGGUGUCAUAG